UUACAUAGCCCCUCUCCCUCUUGGCCGCGCUCCUUGUCCGUAUCGAGAGCGAGACGAGUUCACGGCGGAGCAGCGCAGAGAGGACCCGAAGAGGAGAGAGAACGAGUCCACGAGGUGACCCCGGUUCCUCCCAGAGCGGCCAUGGCGAGGUUCGAUCCGUACGAGAACAACGGCGGCACGUGCGUGGCCGUCGCGGGGGCCGACUACUGCGUCGUCGCCGCUGACACCCGCCUCUCCGUCGGAUACAGCAUCCUCUCCCGCCGCCACUCCAAGAUCGCGCACCUAAUAAGGGCGGACAAAUGCGUGUUGGCCUCGUCUGGAUUUCAAGGCGAUAUCAAAGCUUUGCAGAAGAACCUGUCCGCAAAGGAACUGUUGUAUGAACACAACCAUAACAAGAAGAUGAGCUGCCCUGCAAUGGCACAAUUGCUGUCAAACACCCUCUACUAUAAGAGAUUCUUCCCAUACUAUGCUUUCAAUGUGUUGGGUGGACUGGACAGCGAAGGUAAAGGAUGUGUCUUCACGUAUGAUGCUGUUGGGUCGUAUGAGAGGACCGGCUAUAGUGCUCAGGGAACAGGUGCAGCGCUCAUGAUGCCUGUUCUAGACAAGCAGUUGAAAUCUCCUAGUCCUCUAAUACUGCCGGCUCGGGAUGCAGUGACACCCUUGUCUGAAUCAGAUGCAGUUGAUCUGGUGAAGGACGUUUUCGCAUCAGCCACAGAACGAGAUAUAUACACUGGAGAUAGUUUGGAAAUCAUAGUCAUCAACAGCUCCGGCACCCGCAGGGACUGGAUUGAGCUAAGGAAGGACUAGUGUGAUGGUAAUAUGGUAUACUUGUGAAAUAACAUUACCAUUACUCCAUUUAUCACGAAGCAUCACUUAUUGCCACAGACCAAGAUUUUAUUUUCGCCUCAGAUUUAAUUUAUUUUCUGUUUGUUCACUGUUGUAAGAUUGGCUAUGCAGACAGUGUCUUGUGUCAUAAUAAGCUACUACACUACUUACUACGCUCAGUUUGGAAUUA